AUGAAAAAGGACGUGCCUCGACAUUGGGACAACGAUUGCGAAGAGGCCUUUUCUAAGGUGAAAGGUAUCUUGACCAGUCCUCCUAUUAUGGCCCGUCCAACCGAGGGGUUCGAUCUACAACUCUAUCUAGCUGCAUCCAGCCACUCGAUAAGUGCAGCCCUCAUCCAGGAACACCCUGAUUUUAAACUGAUAUAUUUUAUCAGCCGAACCCUACAGGGACCAGAAGAAAGGUACUCUCAUGUAGAGCAAGUGGCACUCGCCUUACUCACAGCGGCACGACGUCUCCGACCGUAUUUCCAUAGUCAUCAGGUUGUCGUCCGGACGAAUCAUCCGAUCGCCAAAAUUCUUCGCAAACCUGAUUUAGCCGGCAAAAUUGUGGCAUGGGCGAUCGAGCUAUCUGAAUUUGGUUUGCAAUAUGAGCCUCUAGGUUCUGUUAAGGGUCAGCACUUAGCCGACUUCAUAGCAGAAGCGUACCAUCCGGAAGAACCCAACAUUUGGCAUCUCAAUGUAGAUGGGUCCUCUGACAAAAGAGGAGGCGGCGCCGGCAUAAUGUUAGAAGGUCCAGGCAAUCUUCUAGUCGAACAGGCAAUUCGCUUCAACUUUCAGCUCAGCAACAAUCAGGCGGAAUAUGAGGCUCUCGUUAGUGGCUUGUUAUUGGCCAAAGAGCUGGAAGUCAAUCAUCUGGAGUGCAAAAUGGACUCUCAGUUGGUUGUGGGCCAACUUAAUGGUACUUUUCAGGUUAAAGACGACCAUUUGCUGCGAUAUUAUCACAAGGUCAAUGAUUUGAUCAAAUCAUUCACCAGUUUCUCUGUGACUCACAUACCCCGAUCACAAAAUUCCCUAGCGGAUCUAUUGUCAAAGUUGACUCAUUCUCGAGACAAAUCCCAACUAUCUUCAGUGAUUAAAACUACGCUGCACAAGCCUUUGUUGGAAGCAUAUGCCGCUAACGUAACUACACCACGAACUGACUGGCGGCAAGAUAUAAUACAACUCAUGAUUCAUCAAGAACAGGGAGGACGCCUCAGCAUACUCGAUUCUAAACGAAUCGCCCGUUACAUGCUAGUGGGAGACGACCUCUACCGGCGCGGUUACACUACCCCAUUACUCAAAUGCUUAUCAGAGGAGGAGGCAAAAUACGUUAUGCAAGAGUUACAUCAGGGGAUUUGCGGUUCACAUUCAGGAAAAAGGAUGAUGAAAGCUAAAGCUCUACGAGCCAGAUUCUACUGGCCCUCUAUGGAACAAGAUUGUGCAACUUUCGUAUAG